AUGGCAGGGAGGCCUGCUGUUGCAGCCUCAGGCUGGUGUCUGGAUGGUAUCGGAAAAUGGUAUUACAAUGCUGCGGGAUUCAAUAAGCUGGGCUUAGUGCGUGAUGAUACAAUAUACAAUGACAAAGAUAUAAAAGAAGCCAGGAGAAGGCUUUCUGAGAAAGUUUAUAAUGAUAGGACGUUUCGCAUUAAGAGAGCAUUAGACUUGAGCAUGAAGCAUCAGAUCUUGCUGAAAGAACAGAGGAACUGUGAGGAGGAUAAAUUCUACUUUGAACCAUAUCUCAAAGAGGUUAUUCAGGAAAGAAAAGAAAAAGAAGACUGGUCAAAGAAGUAA